AGCCUAAACAUAGCUCAUAAAGUGGUUAAUUAGACUCAUAUACUUGUAAUGCCAAUAUUUAAUAACAUUUUAUUACAACAGCUGGAUAGCUUUCCAGCUAGGAACCUAAUUGUUGUUAAUAAAAUAUAUGCUUCUUCAAUUAUAAUUAUAAGCAGUUUAGGCUACAAAUUAUAACAAACACCCAUCUAAACUUUCGCAUUUACAAUAUUAGUAAGAUUAUAUCUUUCACAAGGAUGAAAUAGCGUGGCGUCAACGUAAUACUGUUCAUAGGUUCGACGUGAAAAAUCCUUUCGUUGCAUAUUUUUCAUUCUAAGCAAGGCUGUGAAAUAGUAACAUGAAAUUAAUCUUAAUAAUUCGAAUUGCAUUCGACACGGCUACUGUUUUAAGUUUAUAUAAUGUUCUUCUACGUAGAUGCAUUUUACACUAAAAUGGUGAAUACACGACUGUUCUUUUUUUUAUUUCUCGUUAAUGUAAAAUGUGACAAGGUGACUAAAUUAACUUUAAACGAUACAAAGAGUUCGAUUAAUCAAUACAGUGGUGAUAAAUUUCCUACCAAAUAUUUAACAAUUGAAAAUAACUUACCAAAUAUAGAUGAUUUUAAAUUAUACAUCCUAAGUUUAAGACGAACAGUUUUCUAUUUUAAUAAAACUCCAAAUAAAACUGACGGGAAUGUAGCCUUGGGGGCAUUUUUCGUGAAAUCCCUUUUAAAACGAACCCUUCAAGAAUAUGGCUCCAAGAUUACAGAAUUAGAAUCGAACAAAUUGAGGAAUAUAAUAAGCAAAUGUGAAAAUCUUGUUUCACAUUACAUUUAUAUUAAUUACAAAUAUGGUUGGGACGAUUUAGAGUUCAGAGUAUCACGAAUGUUCAAAGAUGAUAGUGCUCAAAUAUAUUCAAUACGUGGUUUCAACAAGGGUCGAUUAAAGAGAUGGCUUCAUAGUAGUUUCAAAAUGCAUGAAUACGUCGAAGAUAUGGACACUACUACGAUGCCCAGAGAGAAAUAUACGCAGCUCACGGAGUCGUCAAUAGGGUAUCAUAUUGUUAUGCAAACAUCAGACGUGUGUCUAUCUCGGGUUAUACACGAGUUGGAACCAAUAGACUUCUCCGAAAUGAAGUCAUGUCGUUCGGACAAGUAUUGUUAUAAAGGUAUCCACUCUACACCUUCGAUAUCAUAUUCUCUUACUCACAGGCUUUUGAACAUAAUGCUACGGCGACAAGUGCGUCGUUGCUACAUGACCAGUGUUGCUGAAGACGAUACCCUCAUGGACCAGCUCUGCGCCUUCAUGUACAGAGAGGCAGUGUACAUUGCACGAAGAGGGUUCUUUGCGAGAGACUUAUUUUUAGAACACUUAACGCUUUGCGGGAUGUUAGGCUACGAAGAGUUCCAUCGGCGUAACUGGUUCAAGAAGAUCAUAAGUUGGAUGGAUCAGAAGGGCUGUAUUAAGGAAUCGCGUAACUUCAACUAUAAUAGCACUGCUAUAUUUAUCAAACGUAUUGGUGAAGACCACAAGUUGGUCAAACAUGUUCGAAAGAAGUUCUACAGAGACCUUCUAGAAGAUUGUGAUACUCAUCCUAUGGCUCUCCUUAUUGUUGUGCUUGCACACGGAAUCAGAUAUGCGGCGCACAAUUUACCAUAAAACAAUUGAAAUUAGAAAAGAUGAAAAUAUGAAGACAAUUAGUAAAUUCCUCUAGCGUCUUUGAACUCUUUAGCGUAUUUGUUGUUUUACAAACUUAAGACGUAGAUCUUCGUUUUGUAAAAAAAACUAUUCGACGUCGUAACGUUUUACCGAU